UUUCCUCGCAAUUUAAAUAUGAAAAUAGUUUGGAAGAAGAAACCAAAAGAGGAGAGCGGCAAGAAGCGAGCUCGAGCUCAGCCUCUCGCUCUAAACCCUAAUCUCCCCUUCGAAAGAGAAGAGGAAUCAGAUUCAGAAUCCCAAAAUGAGAAAAAACGAAUCAAUACAGAGAACCCCUCUUCCAAAAACCAAAAUCCCGAUCAGAUAAAGACGGCCGAGUCCUUCGAAUCCCAAGGCAAUCAGCUCGCCGAGGAUGGGAAGUACAGUGAGGCUCUUCAGAAGUGGGAGGCUGCGAUUGUGUUGGUGCCGGGAAGGGCAAUACUGCAUGAACAAAAAGCACAAGUUUUACUUGAGAUGGGGGAUUCAUGGAGCGCUCUAAAAGCCGCAACUCGUGCUUCAGAGUUGGAACCAUUGUGGGCUGAGGCCUGGAUCACCCUUGGUCGAGCACAGCUAAACUACGGGGAACCUGACUUGGCCAUAAAAAGUUUCGAUAAGGCUUUAGAAAUUAAGCCCAAUCAUGAAGAGGCACUAGUUGAUCGAGAAACUGCAUCACAUCUUGUGAAGAGGAGAAAGCAACUUCAUUCAACAGAUAAUAUCAUCAAUCAGACACGUUACAAGGUCAGAGAUGAAGCCAAAUGCUCCGAUGCCCCUGUCCUCAUUGAAGAUGAAGUCGAGAACUCUGAUGCCCCUGCUCUACAUUCAGAAGAAAAUCAAAGAGCAAACGAGUCAACUUAGAAGUAACGCGUAUUAUGUACUAUCUUCAACUAUGGCAAGAUAUCACUCAUAUGUGCUUGAAAUACGGAUACUGAAGCCCUUGCCUCUUUUAGUUGGAGCGCGGUCUGAGUUUUUCCCUUUGUGUACAAAGUACAAACAGAACAAAUCAGAAUAAAAGUACAUCCUUUGUAAGGCGUACAUUAUGUCCUUAUCCAUUUCACUUCGGUACACUGUUUUGUAUCCAUUAAGAAUUUUUCUAUGUUGCAAUCACGAGCACAACUGUAUUAUGGCAGAAAUUGAACACGAAGUAUAGAACUGUAAAUAUUUUCGAAAAGAACAGGCUGUUUAUAUA